AUGGAGUCGAACGACACGGAAUGGGAAGUCGAGGAAGGAAUUCCGCAGGUUGAUGAUCCUUUCAUCCAACAAUACCUGCGGGGUCGGGAUUCGCUCAUUCUGGAGGAGCAAAAGCAGCGACAUGAUUUUAAUCUCUCCAAGGCUCUGGCACCGAUGGCUGCUAGAGCUUGCAAGAUUGUUUCCAAGAUCCGCGACCGAGAGCUAGACCAAGUGUAUGCGCCGGGCACAGAUGUCACGUCCCUAGAUUGGAAUAAGGUGGAGAAGACCGAUCUGUGGAAAAUUAUCAAGCGGAUGCCGAAAGGAUCUCUUUUGCAUGCACCAUUGCAUGCUGCAAUCAAUAUUGAUUUUCUGGUCGAACUGGCCUUCUCUACCCCCGGAAUUUGUGUCAAUUCAACACAGCCUCUGAUGUCUCAGGAUGACUUGGAUGGGGCGUCAUUGCUCUUUCAAUACUCAUCGGCUUCAGCGAAAGACACAGAAGACAAGCCUACUAUGUGGUCAGCUGCAUACGAGCCUUCAAGCCUCAUCUCAUUAGAGAAGGCGGCCUCGUCUUUCCCACGCGGGGGAGAAACCGGGUUUCGUGGGUGGCUGCGUGACUGGUGCAUGCUAGCAGGCUGUUCAAAUUACCAUAGCCGUGCAAUGCCCCUCGUCAACUCUCUUCUAAGCUAUGAGCCCAUAUUGCGUGCAUGUCUGCAUCAUGUCUUCUCUCAGCUGGUCGGCGACGGGAUUGGAUAUGUCGAGUUCAGAACCACCUUCAACUUUCCAUAUCGCAAGGAAGGGAAGGAUGCUCCAGAAGAGGAUUAUAGCGAAUGGUGCCGCGUCUUUCAGGAAGAGCUCGCAAAGUUCCAGGAAACGGACGAAGGCAGGAUGCUUUACGGAGCACGUAUCAUAUGGACCUGUCUGCGCUCAUUGCCGAAGCAACACAUCGUUGAGAGUAUGAAACACUGCAUCCUGGCAAAAUAUGAUUAUCCCGAUACAAUUUCCGGGUUUGACAUAGUAGGGGAUCAGGGUGAUGAGAAGUCGCUUACUGAUCUGGUCCCCAUAUUAUUUUGGUUUCGCAAAGAGUGUGCGGGGGAGGGGCUAGAAAUCCCAUUCUUCUUCCAUGCUGGUGAAUCUCUGAAAUCUGGAGGCCAGACAGACCAGGGGUUAUUUGAUGCCAUAUUGCUGGGGACACGGAGAAUAUGCCAAGGUCUCUCGCUCUGCCAACACCCUUUGGCAAUCGAGCUGGUCAAAGAGAAGAAGAUACUGAUAGAAUGCAGCCCAAUUUUAGACGAGGCUCUUGGGCUCACGGAUAGCAUCCAGACCCAUCCCCUACCCGUCUUGUUAUCCCGUGGUGUUCCCGUCUGUCUAGGUUCUGAUGCGCUGGGGCCGCUCGGGAAUAGUCCAACCGGGUUGACACGGCAGUUUUGGCAAGCGAUUCAAGGAGUUGGUAGUAUGGGUCUUACGGGCCUCGCGAUGAUGGUGGAGAACUCCAUCCGGUGGAGCUGCUACCAAGAUCAGCCCCCGGCGGAGUGGCUGUCCGAUCUGCGGGAAGGGAUCUUGGGGGAAGGGAGGAAGGCUGGCCGGUUGCAGGAUUGGUAUGCCGACUUUGAGAGCUUCUGCCAGUGGAUUACGGUGGAAUUUGCGGAGGCGGAAGUCGAUGAACAAGAUUGA